AUCCACAGAUUUGGACGGGCAGUGCCAGAGAUAAGCAUGAUCACGACACGUUUUGAGAAGUGGAUUUUCGACCAUCAUCACGCCAAGAUCACAGAGUGGAAUGACCAACUCCUCAGCAGAGACAAACUGCGAGUGUACGCUGAUGCCAUAGCUGACAAAGGGGCAGCACUGUCCAACUGCUUUGGAUUUGUCGAUGGCACAGUGCGGCCUAUUUGUAGGCCAGGCCAAGACCAAAAAAUAGUUUACAAUGGCCACAAGCGUGUACAUGCUUUAAAAUUCCAGUCAGUGUCAUUGCCAAAUGGACUCAUCGCUCACCUGUACGGACCCGUAGAAGGUAAAAAACAUGAUGCAGUAAUGCUUAAAGACUCUGGACUACUGGACGAUUUGGAGAGAAAUGCAUUCAGUCCUGUCACUGGUGAGGCCAUGUGCAUUUAUGGCGACCCAGCAUAUCCACUGCGGCUCCACCUACAGCAACCAUUUAGAGAAGCUCCACUCACUGCUCCCAUGGAGCAAUUCAAUAAGUCCAUGAGCUCUGUGCGAACAUCUGUGGAGUGGAUUUUUGGCGACAUUGUGGCAUAAUUUAAAUUCCUUGAUUUCAAGAAAAAUCUUAAAAUCGGGUUAAGUGCUGUUGGCAAACACUAGGUGGUUAAUGCAUUAUUACGAAACGCAUUAACAUGCAUGUAUGGAAACAUCACUGCUACAUUCUUUGACAUUGAGCCACCCUCUCUUGAAGAAUAUUUUGCCUGAACUUAUAACCUGAUUGUUUGAUGACACACAUGUAAGAACAAUGGUCUGUAACACACCCUUGAGUCUGCUUUUCUCCCCGAAAAGGGUACCAAGCCUUUUUCCUCACUUUGUUCUGGAAGGGGUUUGACACCCUUUUGAAGAGUAAAAACGGAAUCAAGGGAGCAUGUAUAGAUCAUUGUUCUUACAUGUGUGGAGGUUGACAGUUACUCCAAAGAAUGGGUGAAUUAGCAAAUUGACCUCA